CGCGGUGAAAGCGGUCGGUGUUGUUUGGCGCCAUUUGCGGGAAAAAGGAAUAAGUGUAAUUGUUUUUUGGAUUUUUACAGUGAAUGGUUUACAAAAAAAACUCAUUUUUUAAUCAAUUAAAAUGUUUUCAGCUCAGUGAGCGGUGUUGUGCGGGUUAUUUACACGCGUGUGGAGUGUAUUUCCGCAGCUCUGUAGCAUAGAAGUCGUUGUUAUUGAAUAGUGAGCUAAUCAGCGAGAUCACCAAGUUGCCUAGUUGUUUGUUUUUGUUGUUAUUGUUUUUUUCCUGUUGUUUAUAAGUUAUCAGACACCGUUUUGCUAACAUGGGUUCGUGUUAACGUCACCUGCACUUGGACAAUGCGUUAUUGAGUGUGUGGAUUGUAAAAUUUUUAGAUCUCUGAUUUUGAGAUACUACAGAAAUGGCUGGAGUUGUUGCCAUGGCACCUGUUCUUGAGGAUUUUGAGGCUACCCAGCCAUGCAAGAAGUUGAGAAAAGAUGACGACACAUCACCGCCACCAACAACAACAAAGACCAUAACAAACUACUUCUUGCCUUUACCCAAGCCUGUGGACAAACCUUUCUGCCCACCUCGAUCAAACAGCAUCAUAGACUACUUUCGGAAAACGUCGCCCGCUCAGGAAAAGAUUACCUCUUCACAAAAGUGUGGUCCGCUUCCAUCCAAAGAGGUUCAGUCGCCUACCUGUGAGGAAGUCUGUCCUAAGACGAGUAGAGCCGAGCCGAGACAAAAACGGACCAGGAAAGCCAAGGGGAAACAAAACAAGUUACAGAAGGAGGAACAGGACGUGCUCACGGAUAACUGUUUAUUAGAAAGCCCGGAUGAAUCGAUAAUAAUCGAAGCAGGCAACGAUACUACUGCUCUGCUGUCGCAAUUAAACGAUGAGAUCUGCUUAGACGAAGAAAAUUUCAAAAGCAAGAACGCCGCAGACGACAGAAAAGCAAAGGGAGGGUUGCAGACUCGUAAAAGUAAGAAUUUAGCUACCCAAAGCCAGACGGAUGAUCAUUUCAGUAACGAUAAUGCAUCGUCCCAAGAAGACAAGUGUAGAAUGAAAAGGCCUGCAGCGAGGAGAAACAGAAAAGCGAACGGCAGCCAGAGUGAAACGUGCGACGCUGAGCACGAGCGGUCUCUUCAUGACGCCAGUAUGGAGGUCAACGUGGACGAGACAUCAGUGUUGAGCUGCAGCACCGUUACUGUAUCCUUUGAAGAAUUUUUACAGAGCCAGAUGCAGAACGAGGAGGAGGUCACUCCCGAUUCGAAGUCAGACACCCGUGCCUCUGAAAGCUCUGAAGCCGUGCCUUGCACGGAUGCUGCUGUGUCACCAAGAACCCUUACGAUCCAAGCUGAAGUGCAUCCCAUCUCCCCUGGUCAUGAGUCAGUCAAGGGCCCUCUGUUAAAAAUGGCAUCGAUUUUCACUAGGAAUAAAAAGGAGAGUCAAUUAAAAGAUGGCAAAAAGUCUUCCCCUGAGAACCCACAGGUGAACACGGACGUUCUGCCCGACCUUAAGAGAAAGUCGAACGUCGUACUUCAUGAAGAUGACCUGGAGCUUUCGGUGGUCGAAUCCAGCUCCACUUCUAAAUGCACCCAAGAAGAAAGGAAACAGUUUAUGAACGCUUUCAAGCAGCCGAGUCAGGAUGGCUCUAAAAGUAAACCCAGCAAAGGCCCGAGCAAACCGAAGCCAGCUAAAGAAAGCUCCUCUGAGACAGAGGAACCUGAAAAGCAAGCCGAUGAGAGCGAUCCUGACCGGACCACGCCAGAACCGAGUACGGAGCAAAAAACUGUUACCGGUGUUGGAAAGAAAAGAGGUAGAAAGCCUGUGAAGAAAGCGCAGACGGACCACGUACCGGAUACUCCGAAGCGAGACGAACUUCCGACAUCGACGGAAGUAGAAAACAAGAGCGGUUCUAUCGAUGACGGUAACAGGCCGAGCGUCAAGGAGCUUCGGAGGUCUACCAGAGAUCAGACACGCAGACUAGCAACUCCUGUGCCUGACAGAAAUCCCUCUCCUCGCAAGACGAGAAUCCGCGCCAAGGCAGAAACGUCUGCAGCGUGCCAGGAUGACGUCGCUCAGGCUUCCACUCCAAAGUCUACCAGGCACAGAAAGAAUGUUUACAGGGCUGAGAUACUCUCUCCACUCAAGAAGCGAGACAGCCCCAUCAGAAUGAGAUUCACCAGGAUGUGUCCUUCUUCUGCCACUAAAACUGGAGAUUUUGAAAUAUUAAGUCCUCUUUCAGUGCCGGAAUCAAGUUCACUGAAGAAAAGGAAACAGGCUAAAAAGUUGGUGCAGAAAGCCAAAGCACUGCAGAAGAGUAAACAGACUGCUGCAGGGGAGAAGGCCGGCGUGCGAUGCUCCACGAGGACCAAAGAAUCUCCCCGAAUAAAUUACUGCGAGGACGAGGACUCUGUUGUGUUCUUGGAAGACGGUCUAAGCAACGCCGCAGCGGCGACUCAAGAAAGCAGCAACAGUCAGAAAAAACUUCGCAGUCUAAAUGAGGUUUUAGGAAAAAAUAUACCUCCGAGUAAGGCUUCGAAGAACGUUCCGGCUUCUAAACUCUCCUCCAUGCCUGUGGAAAGAAAAUCCCAGAGAUCUUCAGCAGUCGUCUUUAUACUCGAUGACAGCAGCCGUGAGGGUUCAGAGAACUCCCAAGAUGACGAGCAGUUCCGGGCAAAGAGGGAGUUUCUGAAAAGUGGCCUACCCGAGUCUUUUAAAAAGCAGAUUGCUAAGACGGCAGCUAACAGAGAGGCGUACGCUCAGGCCUGUACUUCAUUCCAGUCUGUGGUUCAUGUGCAGCAGAGAUCCGUGGAUUGCUCUAUGUGGACUCUUCCCUGGCCUGAAAAUCCUUUCUUGAGUUGCCUGAAGGAGUGUUACCAUAUUCCAUCUGCAACACUUGUGUCAUUGGAGGACCACGCAGGCCAUGUCACUGUUCCUGCUCAGAGAACCUGCAGAGAAGAGGUCUCCGGGAGGCGAGAAAUCUUUUCGGAGCCUGUUAGAGAACGGUUGUUGGAAGAAAUUAGCGCAUCCAAUCCCUCUUUUCCUGUCCAGAGAUUUUUUACUCGAUUCCUAAAGAGACACAAAGAAUAUUUACAGGCUGCAAUUUCAGAACCAGAGUGUGGGCCUAAAACAGCUACCCCUGUGGGCUUGACCGAGUCCGUGGGAAGAAAGCGUAAGCGUGUAGACGACGGAGAGAGACCAGGCAAGCUAGCCAAGAAACAGAAGUCUGUUCAUAAGGAGGAGGAGACCGUAGUUAUUUUGGACAGCCCGGGUUCUGCAAAUGGUGGAACACCCGAAUCCACUGAGACCGUGACUCGCAGCUCAGGCCGGACGAGACGAUCACUGAGAAACAAGAAGGGGACGGCGGAGGAGCCCAAACCCACAGAGGACAAGAAGCAGUGUGACUCUGUUAUUAUCCUUGACUCUCCGCCUUCAGAAACAUGCACUAAAGAUUGUGUUGCUGAGGAUGUGCCCUGGACCGAGAAGUACCAGCCCCAGCAUUCUAGUGACGUCAUUGGAAACACAGCUUCUGUUAGGAAGUUGCACAGUUGGAUGAAGGAAUGGAAACUCCGGGCUGACCGUGAAGAGAGAAGAAAGCAGCAGGAGAGAAAGCAAGGGGAUGAUAGUAACGAGUCCUGGUUAGGAGGUGACAGUAGCGAGGGGCUGGAGGAUGCGGAGGACAUGCUUUGUAACACGCUGCUCAUCACAGGCCCCACCGGAGUAGGCAAAACCGCCGCCGUAUAUGCCUGCGCUCAGGAGCUCGGCUUCAAGGUGUUUGAGGUAAAUUGUUCCUCUCAGCGUAGCGGCCGUCAGAUCUUGUCUCAGUUGAAAGAAGCCACCCAGUCUCAUCAAGUGGACAUCCAAGGGGUCAAUUCCCAUAAGCCCACUUUCUUCAACAGUUCCAGCAGCAGUGGUCUUUCAACCAAACCUGGCUCUUCACCUAGGAAGGUGAACUCUCCUAGACGAGUUGUGUCAUCGCCCAGGAAACCACCGCAGUCCCCUCGAGGUGCUACAUCGAGGAAAGGAAGCUUGGCACCGAAAUCAUUGGCGAGUUUCUUCAAGAUAGGCGGAAGACCGACAGGCAAAGAUGACGUUGAUCAAGAUAAAAAGGCUCAAACGAGCUGUCCCAAGACAUCGGGCAAAGUCACUAAAGAGACUAAAGCCUCCUCUGAAGAGCAAAGCAAGAGAACUGCCACUUCCCUCAUCUUGUUUGAAGAAGUUGACGUCAUAUUUGAUGACGAUUCUGGAUUCCUGGCUGCAGUGAAAACCUUUAUGAUGACCACCAAAAGACCCGUCAUCCUAACAACCAGUGAUCUUACAUUCGGUGCAAUGUUUGAUUGCUACUGUGAUGAAAUCCAUUUCAAAGCUCCUUCUUUGGUGGAUGUGGUGAGUUACCUGCAGCUGCUGUGCCUGGUGGAAAACGUGAGGACGGACACGCAGGACUUGUCAUGUUUGCUGCAUUGGAACAGAUGCGACAUCCGGCAGAGCCUCCUGCACUUGCAGUUCUGGACCCGCAGUGGAGGAGGACGCCAGGUCCUACGUCCCAUCUUACAGUCAGGAGCAUCCGAGUGUGAGAUCAAGAAAGAGGCCGCUGAAGUGGAAAGUGUCGCUGUUGGUGGUACACUUCCUCUAGCCAGUGUACCACCCUGUCAUGUCGGAUGCACAGAGUCUUUGUUGGGGCUUCUGAACACCCAGCAAGAAAAAGGAGUAGAGGAUUUGUUGCAGAGUGAACCUUCAGCUGUGGACAGGAUGAGAUGCUUGGAUCUUCUCUCAGAAGCUGAAAGGACCGGCGUGAAUUUGCUUUACUCAAACCUGGAAGUGCUGCUGCCUCUACCCAUUCGUCCGUUGCCAGACCUCAUUAACAGACAACGAUUGUCCUCGAACACUGAACCACCGCCUGGGCUCUUAUCUAAAUACGGCAACAUAGUAGAGCAGGAAGAGCACUCUGAUGACACAAGCCCUCUCAAAGUGUCUUGUAGAAUGAGGCGGAAAAAGCAGCUGUACACAGACAAUAAAAGUGCUCUUCAGUCUGACUCAGAAUCAGAGGAUGGCUUUCUGUCCCUGCCUAAGCCCAGAUCUGACACAAAACCCGCACAGGAUGAGGUUGCUCAGGAUCCACCAGCAUCCAAAGCUGUGAGGAUGAGAGUUGAGUUGUCUGAAGCUGAGAGGAAAAAGAGUCAGUGUGUGUCUCAGUGCCUGAGCUCUUUAGCAGAGUAUUUGGACCACAUGUCAUUCCUGGACUCAUCUCUGCACUACGAGCAUCCUCAAGCAGAGGGAGCGUGCAGACCCCAGGACUUCAGCGGGACAGGAGCGGAGAUCAAGUGCGGAAUGACCGAUGAUUUUCGUCUGGAGUGUGGCGGUCAUAUGAGUGGGUUUGACCUAGAAGACAUCCAAGGUGUGUUAAGGAGUAUGAGUUUUUAUAAGUGUAAGGCUAGGAUCUCUGAAGCCUGGAAUAAAGUCCAGGAGUUGGAGGAGCCAAUGAGGACGGAGACUGUGGAAGAGCUCACCCUUCCUGUAGCCUCACACAGGCAGAGAUUCAGCCUCUCUCACAACAGACUACUUGAAACCAGGGUGAUGGACAUGAGGAGGGAGGUGAUGAACACUGUUCUCACCAGCCGAUCAUUCAGCACACAGGGGAACAGAGUGGCAGCGACUGUGGACUACCUGCCCUCUCUGCGCACCAUUUGUAGAUCAGAAAGACUGAAGGAGCAGGGGAAGGUCAAACGCAGGUUCAUGCACUACCUCGACGGCAUUCACCUCGAUCUAACUAAAAGCACUCUUCAGCACCUGGCUUCAGAUUUUCCUUGAAUGGAUUGAUCGCAGUGUGCUGAGGCAGCCUGUUCGUGGCAGCUGCUCAAUAUGUAUUUGUACAGUAAUAUUAUAUACCCUGAUAGCAAAGUGAGGUUUUAUCUUUGUGGAUUUUCUAUUUGAUUUUUUGUUUUUUUUUUACUCUCUGUGGAGAGUCUAAUGUUUUGUACUUUUAUCAUGUAGUAUGUUUUAUGAAGUAAUAAAUGUGUACUUACACCUUGUCAGAAAACAUGUGUCCACCAAAAAUGUAUAUAACACUGAAAAUUGUUCUUAUCGACCUGUAACGGCUACUCUGGUAGUUCAGCGCCAUCUUCAGUAACGUCAAGGUUUUAAAUCAGGCACUAAAAUUCAAAUCGCUGUUUCUCAAUGGUUUUCUAUACAAUUUAACAUCCUUUAAUUAGUAUUAAUAUUUACAAAUAUGACUUUAUUUAAUGUCUCAAUAAAUGUGCAUAUGUUUUACAA